UGUUUCACUAAACAUCAUCCAUUAAUGAAUGACGCCUUGAGGAGAAAAGCCUGAACACAAGAUGUAAUUUCAUGUUUUCAUUUGCACAUCAUCUUGACAGAUAUCAUCACAAUGCCUCAGACUAAGGCCAAGAGGGCUGCUGAGAAGGCUCCAGAUAGGUCAACGGAUAAAACGUCCGAGAAGGCUGUUGAGAAGAAUUCAGAAAAGGCAUCUGAGGAGACGUCAUACAAAGCAUCUGAAAAUGUUCCUGGAAAGACCGUCGAGAAGGUUAUCAAGAAACGCAUCAGAUCAGAUGACCAGAGGGAAAAGAAUGGAGUCCAUGUCUUCUUAGGAGCUAAGGACUUUCCAAGAUGGUGUGCCCUAAAGAAUAAAUCUGGAUGCAAGACCAAUGUUCAACUCAUGAGAUGGCUGCUUGCUAUGGCAGAGAAGUAUAUAGGAAUUUACUGCCAAGAAGACAUUAAGACGAACGAGAAGAGUGACCCAGGCUCGGCAGGUGACGGCGGCUCGACUGUAGGCGACCCAAAGUCGGAGGUGACUCCAGUGAGUACUGUCAAGGAUGAAGAGCCUCCUAGCACCAAUCGGGAAGAACCAUCUAGAUCUCCAAGAGCAAAGAGGAAAGCAUCCCGUAAAUCAAUGCCAGACGGGAAGUCCCACGAAGACCAAGACACUGAAAAAACACAGACUAAUGAAAGCAAAGAUGGGGAACAACCUUCUAGUUCCAAUCGAGCAAAGACAAGAUCGCCAAGGACAAAGAGGAAAGGAAUCCAAAAACCACCUUUGAAUUCAAAGACUGAUAAGACUAAUGAAGAGCCAGCUCCUGAAGAAUCUCAUGUGGUUGAUGACAAUGAACCUGAUCAUGGUGGGGCUGCUGGAGCCCCAAGAACAAGGAAAACAGUUCGCAAAGCAUUAUCUGAUCAAAAGUUUAAGUCUGAUAAAAGGACAAAGCAGAGUGUCGGUACACCAAGUAGUGAUGGUGAAGAUACUUCUCAGGUCAAGGAUUCUAAAACGAGGAGCCAGGUCCCAUUAAAGGGGCGGUCAAGAAGGCUAACCAAACAACGGCAGGAGUUGCAGAAGGAUGUCAAGAAACCAGUUAGUACAAGAAAUACAAAAGCCCCAUUGAAAAGAAAGGCAAAGGAAAAUCUUCCAGCUGCUAAGAACAAAAAGGCAGUUGAAAAGGUAGAAGAAAAAGUGGAAGAAGCAAUGACCGUUGUGCCACCUCAAAAGAAGAAAAAGACAGUUGAAAAGGUGGAUGAAAAAAUGGAAGAAGCAAUGACCGAUCCGCCACAUUCAAAAAAGAAAAAGUCAGUUGAAAAGGAGGAUGAAAAAAUGGAAGAAGCAAUGACCAAGGAUGAAGGAGAUUGUUCAGAUUUGACUGUUGAUUCCAAGUUAAGCAGGUGCACAGUGAGGUUGUCUUCAUUAGACAAGGAGGAGAUAACAAAGAUUGAAGACCCUAAAGGUAACAAAUCUUCACCACCAAAAGACAAGGAGAUAACAAAGAUUGAAGACCCUAAAGAUAGCAAAUCUUCACCAUCAAAAGACAAGGAGAUAACAAAGAUUGAAGACCCUAAAGGUAACAAAUCUUCACCACCAAAAGACAAGGAGAUAAAGAUCGAAGACCCUAAAGGUAACAAAUCUUCACCACCAAAAGCACAACCGAAAAAGACUGCCAAAACAAAGCAAAAAAAGUCACCAAGAGAGCUGAGGGCAGUGGCAAGAGCCAAGGCAGCAGCUAAGGCAGCACAAGUGCAUCGAUGCCCAGAGUGUUUAAAGACAUUUUCCAAUAGGGCAAACCUUAAGAGACAUUGUGAAUUGCAUUCAUCUCUCUCCUACCCCUGUCCAGAAUGUGGCAAAUCCUGUAAGUCUAGUGCCCAGCUCUGGGCCCACAAGCGCAGACUUCAUGUCCAUAAGUAUGACUGCCCGUAUUGCGAUAAAAAGUUUGGACUGCCAAGUUUGCUUGCAAAGCAUAGGAAGAGCCACGCGGAAGAGAAGAUGCUGAAUCAAGCAAAAUUUCAUCGUGCCCAGGAACCAAGCAUUCAGGAACACAGCAUCCAGGAAGAAAGUAUCAAGAAACAAGGUGUCCAGGAACAUGGCGUCCAGGAACAUAACGUCCAGGAACAUGACGUCCAGGAACAGAGCGUUCAGGAACAAAGAAUUCAGGAACAGAGCGUUCAGGAACGUAGUGUCCAGGAACACAGCAUAGAGGAACCCUGCUUAUGUCAUUUAUGUGGUAUGUCAUUUACGAAACGGGAUGAAAUGAAUGACCAUGUCUGCCAAGCGAACAAGCCAUCUGAGGAUUUGAUCGAUCAUAACAUUCAAACAAACAAGCCUCCUAUUGCUCCUGGUGAUUUGAAUGUCCAAAUUAGCCAAAUGAACAAGUCAUCCGAAUGUGAUAAAACAUACAAACCCGAGGAGUCCCUCAUAAACCAUUUGGAACCUCAGAAGAAAACUGCAGAUGUGGAUUUACCCUACAGUUGUCAUAUUUGUAACAAGAUGUUCAAGACAAAGAAAGGCAUGAAAGGACAUGUAAGUCGCCAUGACAGAAGCGAGACAUUCCAGUGUGACAUUUGUCAAAAGGUGUUUAGUUGUAAGAAUCAUCUUCAGAGACACAAAUUAGUUCACAGUGACACCAAGCCCUAUCAUUGUCCAGAGUGUAAUCGUGGCUUCACUCAGAGCUCUAACAUGGAGACUCACAGACGCAUCCACUCUGGCGAUAAGCCUUUUACUUGUGAUUUGUGUGGAGAGACAUUCAGACAGAACGUUACCUUGAAGACUCACAAACAAAAGGCUCAUGGUAUUAACAUCUGGAAUGAGAAACCAUCAGCCCCGCAUGUUGGCAGGCCAACCAUUACAAAGACUGCAGAAGCUAAAGUCAAGAAACCAAGGGGCAGAAAAGGUGCAAAAAAAUCCCAAAUUCCCCUUCCAGCACCUCUAACGGUACUGCGUGUUCCCCCAUUGGAGCCACAAAUUCAACAGUCUUCAGAGAUUCAAUCUGUGCCAUCACAAGGAAUAUCUCUAAGUCAAGAACAUAAUGAAAAGGUGCAAAUUGGAGAGAAGCAAGUAAAAAGUCCUCAAGAGAAUACAAUCUUACAUCAAGCAAAUGAAAGUGGUGACCUAUCAAUGAAAAAUCAACCUGUUGAGUGCCAGGCCCAACCCAAUCAUCAAGAGUUACCGUCACAUGUGGGAGGACAACCACAAGACCAUCCAAAUGCUGAUCCUUCACGACAUCAGCAAGAUGCAGGGCACAAUCAACAUCCCAUAAGUCAACAGCAACUUGUCGCAGAGCAACAACAACCUUCAACUGAAACCCAGCAUCAGCAACAGCCCGGCCAGCAACAACACCAAGCAGAGCAGCAUCAGCAGGAACAACGACAACAUGAAAGUCAAAAUCACUAUAUUCAACUGCAACGUCCCAAUCCUGUGCACCAACAACCUCUAGCUCCACAUCCUCAAACUCAGCAACCUCAAACUCAGCGACGACCUGAAGAUCAGUAUCAGCCAGCAAAGCAACAUCAAAAAGAUGAUUCCAGAAAUAACUCUGACAAUCAGCAGGCGCAUCAACAGCAACUACAGCCAUAUCAGCAAGGAAACUAUGGCAAGGUCAGUCAGCAGUAUCAACCUCCGGAACUCCAACAUCAGCAACCCCAGCCAUUGCAAUAUCAACAGCCGCAACUGCCGCAACAUCAACACUACCAACAGAAAGAGUUUGUUGCUGUACAAGAUAGAAACAAUGGGCCAUUCUCCCAUGAAAUCAGAUCAUACCAGCGAGAAAGCAUUACCACUUCCAACUAUUACUCACACUAUAUGCAGUCCAGCAAGAUAUCUUCUGGGUGGUCCUCAUCACUUCCUCCUCCACCUUCCCAGCCUAUCAAUCCUCCUCCUCCCUUGAACAGAACCAAUGAACCUACCACAUCUCAUAUGCCAAUGCCUCUCAUGCAGAACAACUCACCACCAUCGCAUCGAUCAACUCCAGGUGCUAACACCCAUCAUCAUCUCCAGGCUCUCCUAGAUUUGGAGUCUAACAUUGGUAAUGGUGCACCAGCCAGGCAAGCUCCUGUUUCAUCAGCAGGUGCGACAAUUCAGAGCCCCCCUCCCACACCCAUUCAACAUUCCCGCUCUAGUCCUUCCCCAUCACCCCAAGAGUCAUCAAGACCGCCCUCCAAAGGACCCCAGUUCCAGAAUUUGUUCCAGUCGCCACAAGCCAGUCCACUUUCAUCCACCUUCCCAUCAAAUCAUUUGAAUUUACGUCCCCCUCUAAACAACAGCAUACCUUCCAACUACCCCAUCCCAUGCCCCUCUCCUAGGCCCCUUAGCCCCUUUUAUGCACCAACAGGUGCGCCCUAUCAAGGUGCAACACGCGAGAUGAUAAGUUCUCAAACCCAUGAACCAGACCAUGCUCAUUCAGCACCUUUGAGGCCUUGGUACAUGGGACCACCAGAUACUGGCAAUCAACCAGCUCCUCUAGCCCUUGCCGGUAUGCACUAUCCUUCUCCUAUGGGGGCGCAGGCCCAGCCUCGUAUGCCCUACAUGGGAUACCCUAAUGCCCCCAUGCCCUUCCCUUUACCUGGUAACCCUACCCCUCCAAGCCAGCAGAGGUGGGGUCAUUAAUAUUUUAAAUGUGUUUCAGACAACUCGGUAUUUAAAGCAAGAAUUUAAGUUCUGUAUCAUUAGAUAAUCAUACAUGCAGUUUCCUAUGUUAUAUUACGCUUCAUGGAAUUACCGUUUGGGAGUAUGGAGUGCUCUCUUUUAUGUAUGGAGGUCUUGUGAUCUGUACAACAAUACAAUUGCCUUUGUAUUGCUCUUUAGGUCUCAUAGACUUCUUUUAAAAAGGUAUGCAGGCACUUUUUGAAAAAAAAAGGUUACUUGUGUCGAUUAUGAAGAUUCAAAGUAAAUGUGUGAAAAUAUCUUUCAUGUGCUGGUAAGUGUAUAUUACCAGUAAUAGGUCUGUCGUUUGGAACUGAAAGUUUUAUUCUUUUCUUUUAAUUUCACAAGUCCACUGUGGAAUUCAUGCCCAUAGCUGCAAAUCAAAUUUUAGAAAAUGAGGUACAUGAGGAAAGAACAGAAAAUCUUUUCACAUAAAUAUUGACAUGCACAUUUGUACAUGUGCCAGGACUGCAUUGUUUUUCAAACUUGACAAUGUCGGAGUUUCAUCACCGAUAGAAUUUUUGUACCUCAUUUAUGAAUUCAUGAAUUUCUUUCAGCUUGUAAAUACCAAAAGUUCAGUGUUGAUAACAUUUUAAAUCUACUGUGCAAAUAACUUAAUUUGUAACAUUAGUAAAAUGUACAUGUAUUUUUACAUUUUUUAGACAUGUGUUUUACAUUUUGCAUAAUGUAUUAGUUUUACAUUAUUGAUAACUGCAGUGGAAUAAGUGUUCUGUUCAUUUUCUUGUGUUAAUGUGUUUGUACAAAUGUACCAUUUGCUAUUUCUGGUUUAUUUGGAGUUUAAUCCGAAACAGACUUCCAAAACAUGUGGAAUAUUUGUUGCAGUUUAUGUAUACUUAGAAACACAUAGCAUACAAUUCUGUGGAGAUGUAAUUUCUUUAUAUCUGUUGUUUAGAACAUAUUUUUGAGAACAUUUACACAAAGUUUUUGGCAUACUAAAAUUACUGGUGGCUGUCACAGACAAAUCCAAAUAGAGAACCGUGACUGGUUUUCUUAUGGAAUGAAUGGUGAUGUCAUAAAAGUAAAAAAUAUGCAUAUACCUGGACAAAAAGUUUAUAUGGGGUUAACAAUAAGAUUUAUGUAAGAUGUAGCAAGUUGUAUGCCUGACUAUUCGAUAUUUAUGUAUAAAAAUGGAAUAUACAAAAGUUUUUUGUACCCAAUUCAAUAAAAGAAAAUAUUCAUUUUUUUGAGAAAUUUUUCAUAAAUUUUGGAAAAUAUAAUGUGCAACAUGUAUGCUCAUUUUGUUGUGAACGUGCAACCCCAGAGGCUUAGAUUAUCCGAGCUCUCUAUGCUCCUAUGCUCACAUAGCUAAAUCAUGCGUUUGAAUUUUGAUUGCAUUGCAGAUAAUUGUUGAUAUUGAGCAGUUAGUGAAUCACAAAUGGUGACAUAAUAUUUUGAAAAUGAAAAGCUACUUUAAGUUUAAAUGGUAAUGAAAUGUCUUGUAAAUUGUUUCUAUGGUAUGAUUAUUUUAUGCAUGUACAUGUAUGUGAAAGGGCAGACUAUAAUCUAGGCAGGGGCUGCUGCUUUCGUAUUAGCCUUUACUUGUCUGAUGCUGUUAAGCUUAACGUCAUUUAUGUCUGAUGCACAAGACCGCACAGUGCCUGCUAAAUAGUCACCGCUUUUAUACACUCUAAUCUUGGGGAUUUUAGUUAGAUCUAGCGUAUGUCUUUUUGUAUAAAAAAAGGCUGACGCAAUCCUGGUUGAUUAAAAGAAAACAAUAUCUGCAAGACUGGAGUGUAUAGGCGGCAACAGUCUUCUGUAGCAGACAUGUUUCUUGCAUUAAGCUAACAGCAAUGAUAAUAAGCUGCAGCCUCUGCGUAUAUUAUAGGCUAGUGUAAGGGGGCGGGAAAUAAGAAAAUACCUCUGAUUAAUUAAAGGUACUCUUAAAUUGUAUAAAUAUGAAAAGUUUAUGUGUAUGUAAAUAAAGUGUAAUCGCAUCUUGUAUACUAGUAAUGGUCCAACAUGGUAUGAAUUUGUACAAAUGAUUUCUUCUAUGUUGAAUACUUUUGUGCAACUCACAAUAUUUCGAAGUUACUAUGAAUGCUGUCACAAAGAUAUUUGAAUAUUUCUAAGAUAUACAUGUUUUUCUGCAAGUUUGCAGAUGAUGAUGUAUUUGCUUGUUGAUUGCUUUAGUCUUAAUAGUAUAUCACUAUCAGUCAAUCAAUAUUUAUGUAUAAACAGGAUUUUUUUUUCAUUUCAUGAGCAACUCUGAUUGGUUAAAUUGUGUAAAAAUGUAUUUAACUCUGGAUUGAUGUGCCAAUGAAAUUCCUGAAAUCCAAUGCAAUGAAUUCAUGGAUGUUCAUUUCACAAAGCUAUGUAGAUAUAUAUAUGUAUAUUGCAUAUACAUAGAAAUGUAUGAUUGUAAGUUUUUGUACAUGGUUUUCCAUAGACUUUAUACAGUUAUGUUUAAUUGUACAAUUGAUGGUAUCUUUUACAUGUACAUGUAUGUUACAGAGCUGAGAUAUGUGGAUCUCUGUAAUGGCCCUUUUGUGUGGAGAUAUAUGGGACUUUUUUUUUCAAACUACUGUACAUACAUGCCCACUCAUACAUAUCUGUGUAUUUGUUGUCAGUAAAUGUACACCAUACACAGUUCCAUUCUUGAAUGACUCAACAGGAAGUUAUGAUACACUGGUUGUGAUACACAUUGCAUUCAUCACAUAUUGAAUUAAAAAUGCUGUCUGGCUAUAUGGAAAGCAAAAUAUAACAGAUAAAAGCAUUUUGCCAUUUGGCUAGCAAGUUCAGUGAAUG